GGAGUAAAAACCGACGACUCACGAGGUGCAUUCUCUUGGUGGGAUGACAAUACGUGUUUUGUUGUGAUUCAAUGCUUUUUAAAACACCGCGAUUUUUUUUGUAGAGUUUAUUCUUAAACACCCCUAACCUGUUGUCGAAUGAAUAAUGUGUUCAGAAAACAAGUCACCUCACAUAUUUCAAUUUCUAAAUUUUGUAAAAUUUAUAGUUUAAGUCUUGUAAUAAUGUAAACAAAUCAUACAUUGAUAUUUCACUAUCAUCAGUUUUAUAGUUAUACAUUAUUACUAAUUCGUUAAAGCAUACUGUUUUUUAUUAUGGGGCAUUAUAUUAAAAAAAACUUCAAUAAUAAUGAAAAUUACAUUUUUAUUUAUUCUCUUGUCUGUGGGCUCAUAGGAAUUUCUUUAUUUUUAUUUGGUUUUUUUCCUAUUAAUUAUUACAAUGAAAACAAUAAACCUACAGCAUCUAUGGACGAUCUGCCAACACAUAUCAAUAAUAUUCCCCUCAAACCAAAUACUUUUUAUAAACCACUUGUUAAAAAGUUGAUAAUAAUGGUUAUUGACGCAUUUAGAUGGGAUUUCGUUUUUAAUAUAAAUGAAAAAUACAAUAAAACAAUGUUUUCAACACAUAAAUUAUUAAAUAAUAAUUUAGGUUCUAUUUUUCGGGUUAAAGUUAAUAUUCCAACAGUAACAAUGCCAAGAAUUAAGUCGAUUACUACAGGUACUGUGUCAAAUUUUAUAGAUGUUGUUUUUAAUCUCGGUGAAACACGCGUUUCAACUGAUAAUAUACUCUUACAAGCCAAAAAACAUAAUCAUAAAUUAAUAUUUUAUGGUGAUGAUACAUGGCUUCAAAUGUAUAAUGAUAUAUUCUUCCGGCAUAAGGGAACUUCGUCAUUCUUAGUUUCUGAUUUUAUUCAAGUUGAUAACAAUGUUACUCAAUAUAUUGAUUAUGAAUUAAAUAAAUCUAAUGAUUGGUCAAUAAUGAUUCUUCAUUAUUUAGGUCUUGACCAUAUUGGGCAUGUCUAUGGUCCUAAUAACCCGUUAAUUAAAGUUAAACUUGAGGAAAUGGAUAAAAUUAUUGAUGAAAUAUCAACUAAAAUUAUACAAUGGAACAAACAAAGUAGAGAAUCAUUAUUUAUAAUAUGUGGGGAUCACGGUAUGAAAAAUUCUGGAGGACAUGGUGGAGCAACCCCAGAGGAAACUUUGGUUCCUUUAAUAGCUAUUAGUGGCACUUCUCAUUACACUGAUAAUAAUAAUAAUAAUAACUUAUUAUAUGACACUUUUAAUCAAAUAGACCAAAUUGAUAUAACAGCUACUUUAUCUGUAAUGCUCGGAAUUCCAUUGCCAUCCUCAAACAUCGGAAGUGUUUCUUUAAACAUGAUUAUUAAUAAUUACAAUCUUUCAUUCGAAAAUCAACUCUACAUUCUUUAUUACAAUGCUAAACAAGUAUUUAAUAAUUUUAAAACUCUAUCAAACUACAAUUACAAACAAUGUUAUUUUGAUUAUUUAAAAGCUAUCGAGUUACAUUCAAAAUGGAUAAAUACAACUGAAAAACUUAAUAGUUAUAAUAAUAUGAAUAAUGAGAAUGAAUUUAAUCAUGUUAAUGACAUAAUUCAUUUAUAUGUAAAUUCAUUGCAAGAAAUGAAAAAUUUACUCAUUCAAAGUAUGGUCCACUAUAAUAUUAUCUUAAUGAGUAUUGCUGUUGCUUUAAUAUUUCAAGUUUUCAUAAUAAUUUUUACUUCUUUCAACGUUGAAAAUAAUAUAAAAUUUUCAUUUAAAAAAUUUUUAUAUACAUGGACAUUUUUUGUUAUUUUUUCAUAUUUGUUAAAUUAUUCAUUACAAAAUUUUAUUGAUGAUAAUAAUGAAGAAUCAUCAGAAAUAACCAAUCUUUCAGUAGCUAAUAUUAUUAUGAUAUUCAUAUUAUUUAAUACAAAUAGCUAUUUAAUAUCUAUACGACUUGAUUUUUUUAAUAUUGAUUUUAACAAUUUAAAUUUUUUAUUUUUACUGGCUACAAUAUUACACGCUUCAAGUUUAGGCAGCAGUAGUUUUAUAGAAGAAGAACAUCAAACGUGGUAUUUUUAUUGGGCAACAUUCAUUGUUUUUAUAUUUAUUUAUUAUAUUAAAAAAAGAUUUAUUAAUUUUUAUUAUACAAAUAAUGUAAUUACUACUAUCAACGACACUGGAAAAAUUUUGUUUUUAUUAAUAACACAUCGAUUAUUAAGAAAAUUAAAUAGCACUGGUAAUAAGUAUGCUCAUCAACCGGAUAUUAACGGAUGGCUGAAGGCAUUAAAUCAACAAUCUAACAUUUAUAUGACGUUUAUUUUAUUAAUUGCUCUUGGAUUAUUACUUUUUAUUCUCACAUUCAAAUUAGAUAAUAAUGAAAAAUAUAAACGAUUACACCAACGAACUAAAUUUAUUUUUUAUUCAUUUUUUUUAAUAUGCGUAUAUUUUCGACAUGCUUCGGAACAGAAUCUAUUAAAACUGCCUUUUUAUCCUGAAUCUAGAGGAAUAUAUGAAGUUAAUGUAUUUUGGAUUGUUUGUACCAUUUAUUUAAUAUAUUCUAUAAAAAAUAUUAUUUACUGCUCAACAAAUACAAUUCACAAUUUAAUAAACCGGUUUAUAUAUUUAUUAAUUGAAUAUUGGAUACUAGUAUCUGCAAUUUUACAUCGACCUUACAAUAUCAUAUUAUUACCAAUUCAACUACUAACUCAAAUAAUUAUUUAUGAUUUUUUUAAAAUUUAUGAUAAUAAAAAAAAUAUUUCAUCAAUAACCUACAUAAGUUAUUGUAUUGGCAAUGUAUUUUAUUUUUAUCAGGGUAAUUCAAAUAGUUUAGCAACUAUUGAUGUUGCUGUAAGCUGUGUUGGCUUACAAACAUAUAUAUUUUACAUUGCUGGAUUAUUUGUAUGUAUAAAUACUUUUUCUUCUACAGUAUUAGCAUAUUUAAUGUUAAUAUAUUAUCAAAGUAGUACAUCCGAGGAAAUCACUGAUAAUAAUAAUAUCACCAGUAUCUGUCAGAAAUUGUUCCUUAUAAAUCGUCAGUAUGCGCUAUUAAAAUUAUUUUCACUAAUUGUAUAUACAAUAAUUAUAAGUAUUGAAAGGUAUCAUUUAUUUGUAUGGUCAGUUUUUGCACCAAAAUUAUUAUACGAAGCCGUACACUGUGCAAUAAUAUUUGUUGCUAUUUUUAUAAUUCAUAUUUUGAUAAUGUCAAUUAAAAUAAUAAAAAAAAAUAUGAAUAUAUGUUUUUAAAACAAAUUAAUGCGAUUAAAAGACACUCAUUGCAAUUAUAUUUCAAUGACAAUAAAUAUUUUAAUAUACAUAUAUAUUUCGAUUAGCUAUUAUCAAUAUUUUGAACAUAAUAUAAAAAUAUUUCAUUUUUAAUGCUAAUAAUAAUAAUAAUUCUCAAUCACUCAUUGUACAUUAUAUGUAU